AUACGUGAAGCGCACAGUUUUGGUUUGCUGAAAGAGCUUCUUCAGUCGCAAUGGCAAUGGAUUUAUAUACUGGUGCACGUGUGAAGAUAAGUUUGAACGAUAAUAAUGUACUGUUAGGUUUUAUCAAUACCAUUAAUACAAAUGAGACCGACAGCGUUUUGGUUCUUGAUAAAGUUGAAAUCUGGCUGCAAGGCAAAUCCACCAGCAAGACGCGAUUACCGGGUAUUCAACGAGUUCAAGCCAGUGAAAUAGCAGAUAUUGAAAUUUUACCAGAAACGCAACAGAAAACCCCAAAACAAAAUUCUAAGAAAGAAAAACACAAAAAUAACAAUAUCAAAAGUGUCAAGCGAACCCCAAAACAUUUAAGAAGUCUUGUCGAGCUAGAUCCUGAAAAAUUGAUAUUUGGUAAAAAUGGACCCGAUGUUGAUGAAGAUUUGGUGCGCACUGCUUUCAAGGGUGAUAAAAGUUCGGAUUAUGACACAGGCAGUGACAUUGAAGAGAGUUAUACGGCCGAUGGUUUGACGGUAUUGACAAAAAUAGAUGACCUCUUUUACCAGGCCUUGAGAUUCAUCUCUGAUAAACCUGUCAUAGGGUUUGCUGUGGAAGGUGUGGAGAUAGGGCGUGAUGGCAGACUUUGUUGGAUACAGAUUGACGCCAACGGUUCCAUCUUUCUCUUUGACAUGAUAAAACUUGGUGAAGAUGGAUUCGAUCAUGGUCUUAAAAACAUUAUCCAAUCAGAAGCCAUUCUUAAAGUUAUCCAUGACUGUCGUAUGAUUUCUGACAUGUUGCAUCAUCAGUACCAUAUAAAGAUGCUUAACAUCUUCGAUACGCAGGUUGCACAUGUUUUUGCAUAUCAAGCACAGAAUCAUAAAGAUCUACCAAGAUACGUGCCAGGCCUUGCAUCUUGUCUGUAUGAACACCUCGAUCUACCCAAUGAACAAGUACACGUAAUGAGAAUUCGGGAACAAGCCAAGGCAGAAGAUCAAGAAAUCUGGGCAACAAGACCAACCCCUAAAUGGAUUUUAGACGCCGCCUCGAAACAUGUCAGACAUUUAACAGAGUUACGUAUCGUGUUGAUGGAAAAAAUGAUGAUUGAGUUUAUCGCGGGUGUAGAAAUAUACCUGACGUAUGUUCGUAACGCAUCUGAUAAAGAGGCUACAGAAUGUCAGAGUAAACGUCAUCUUCUGCCGUUGGCGUUUCAACAUAUGGGACGUUUUGUCAAAGAUUUACAGAGACGCAUGAAGCUAAAUACUGGUAAAAAUAACUUUCCAAGAGAGAAGGAUCAAAAUGGUUUCCGUGAAGUUUCUACGCGAGUUAUAGAUCCUGACGUUAUCGCAUCCAAAGAUUCGCCAUGGCAUACAAACAUGGAGAAAACAGUUUAUAGCAAUAACAAAUACGCAGCAGCCAACAGAGAUGAGAAACCAGAAGGCACGACACACGAAAAGUUCAAGGCAGACACUACAUGUACCUCAAAAAUUCAAAAUGUUCAAAUUUGUGAUCCAAAUGAGCGUGAACUAGAAAAUAGAAAGAAUACUUCCCCAAGAUCGUUGUCAAUUCUCAGAUCAAAUAUAGGAGUCGAGUCCUCCGGGACAGAAUUAUCUGAAUCAGACGACCGUGAAAGCGUAUUAUCAGAUACCCAGUUUAUUCAGAAGAUUUCAUCGCAAGUUUGCAGCAAGGAAAAAAGUCUGACUCCAAGCAGAGUUUUUGAUUCAAUACGAAGAGAAGAAAAUGAUAGUAGUCGGUUAAAGGGAAUUACCCUUAUUCCGGCAGGAUUGAUGCAAAAUAAUAAUCCAAGUUCACGGAAAUCGAACACAUCAGUUGAACUCUAUUCACCAUCCCUGUUUUGUUCUGACAAAUCAUCGGAUGAUUCCCGAGAUUAUGGAGAAAUUCCAACACCAAAAACUCUUGGACGUGCACAUACACCUGUUUUUUCGUCUCCCUCAGCUGAAUUAAGUAAUUCCUCGUCAUGCGAUGACUCGGGUAGUGAAGUAUCAAACCCGUGUGUUUUUACCACUCCGUCAGAUCGGCUUAAAGCGGAGACUCUGGAAAAAACGAGAAUGUCAGAAACUAAAAGAGUGUCAAAUUUUACUCCAAACGAUGAUAAUGCUUCGCACAUAUCGCUGUUACCACGUCAAAAUUUAAAUAGUUCAGAAACAAACGUGGGUCAGAUGCGCAGACAUUCUUCAAGUUCGAGUGAAAAUAGUUCGUCAGGAAAACCAAACACAAAACGUUUACAUAAACUGUAUGAACUGUUAAAUCAAAACAAAAUACAGGGGAACUAACUCUUCAUUCAAAACAAAAUACUGGGGAACUAACUCUUCAUUCAAAACAAAAUACUGGGGAACUAACUCUUAGUUUUGCUAAAUUCCUACUUCUAAUCUAUACUGACAUAGCGUACGUGGCGGACAUGGUGUCUGCUCAAAGCAAGUCCGAUAACAAUUUUAUUUGUAAUUAACGAAAUCUCAGGCAAUUUUUCUACCAGACAACUUGAACUAUGUACGGCACCUGAGAUAUCAUCAAAAUAGAAAAUAGACUCAUCUGUUGUGAACCAAACGAUAGAUAUCAGAUUAUGAAAGUUAUCUAAGUUCCAGACAAGAUUUAUUGCCUAACAACCACAUGCUUUAUGUUGUAUUUAUAGGGAUGAUGAUUUUCUGCGUUUCCCGUAUGACGUCAUGUGGUAAAUCGAUCUAUAAUUGCACGCGGGACACUAUGGUGUAUUCGGCUAAAAAGCUGAAACAAGCUCACUCAAUAAUAAUAUUUCCCAUGCACAUUGGGCUAAACAGUAUCAGAAUACAUGUACAUGUAGAUAUUAUUACAUAAAAGCAAAACACAAAGUUUUCUAUUUCAUGAAAUGAAAUUCACAAUGUUUAAAACACUGUGAAACGGAUCACUCCUCUACAUGUACAGCUGUAUAUAUGCGUUAAUAGCUGAAUAUCAAUAUUACCUACAUAUAUUCUCUUCAAAAAAAGUAGGGGAUAUUCAGAAACAAUACAAAACUGCGGAAAUGCACUGAUGUUUUUAUUAGACCAGUGUAUGUUAAUAACAGGCCAAUUGCCUACACAUGAACAUAAACAGUUCAUAUGGGUGGCUUAUUUGACGGACCCAUUUCACUCAAGAGAUACACUGUCAAAUGUGAAAAUGGACGUUAUUGAUUUUUGUCUUAAUAUUGAGUAAUUGCUCCACCAAUCCUCAGACAUUCAGCAAUUCGUUGUGGCAUACUCCUAAUCAACCAUCCAAUCACGAUUUGGGACAAUCUGACCCACUCCUCUUGCAGUGCCACGGUCAAUUCUUGCAGUGUUGUCGGUUGACGUCGACGAACCCGUCUCCCGAUCAAAUUAAACGUAACACACUAAAGCAAAGAUUCGCUAAACAGUAAAUUGUAUGCAAGAACCGAUAGAAAAGCAAACAUUGAUAGGAUAAACUACCACGUGGCAGUUUUCAUCAACCCUUCCUUGACGUGUCAAAUUUGACAAUGAACCCCUCCAACGUGUAUGGCACUAUUGAGCUCAGUGGUUCUGUUGGGACGAUUAGUUCUUCAUCUGUGAACAUACUCUCAAAGCAUGUCAAAUGUCCAUGGCUAUUUAUCAUAUCGCAACCUGCAUAGGUAUUUGUAUUUCAAUAUCCCCUACUUUAAUAUCCCCUAUUUCAAUAUCCCUUACUUUUCUUGAAGAGUAUACAAGAGAACUUUACUAAUAAUAAUAUGGGGAAAACUUUACCUGGACAGUGGCACCACGGCCUACUCUUAUAUACAAUUCCAACUGUCAAAGGUUCUGUGCACUCCAACAUGUACACAUUUUUUUUGUCCCAUGCAAAUGACAACACUCUUUUUCUUACCAGGUCCUCUGGUCUGAACCGCUGACAAUUCCAGACUGGGAUCUUUCUCCUACAACACCAGGAUUAACCUGCAUCUCCUCGGUAAACUUGUGGCUUCAAAUAUUACAUGAAUCAAUCAUUUAGGCCUAUUCAUUUUUGAUUAUCUAACUUUAAACUACAUGUAGUAUAUCAAGAAUAGCUAGCCCUUGAUGUAAAUCUUACAUAAUGUAUCUUAAAAUCUAUAUAUAUCUUUAAACUUUAGCAUAUAAGUAUUAAUUAAUGAGCAUUAACCAAGUAUGAUUGUUUACAUGUAUAUAUAUAUUAUCUUGUUAUAUUUUAUAUAUUUUAUCAUAGCUUGAUAAUGACUAGAAAAGCCUUGUCAAAACGUUGUUCAGUAAUAAGCAGUAAUUGUAUUCCAUAGAAAUGUCACCUGUAUAUUCCAGUUCAAUUACUAAAUGACAUUGAAACAAUUUAAUAUUGUAUUUCACCGGGGUUUUUGUUAUCAUCCUUCUAGGAUAUAAAAUCAAUAUAAAUUUUUCAUUGUUUGGUAUUUCCUCUACAUUAUUUAUAUCAAAUAAUGAAAUAAAUGUUUAUUGAUUUUUGACUGGGUGUAAAUUUACAAAUAAAGUUUACAUUAUUGAAAUGAAAUGAGGCUAAUGAAACUGAGCGUAGGCCAUACAGUGUGCUAUGAGAUAAAUUGCUCGAAUAGAAGCAUAUCCUCCAACUAUUCUUUCACUUCCAGCUGCCAAAUGCUGAUGCUACCACGGGAUCUGUGGCUUCUAACACUGUUCUUCUCUAAUCAAUGUUGGAUUUUACGCUCUCUAUAUAACUUUUAUAUUAUAAAAUCUUUUUGUUUAUUAUUAAAGACAUGUUGAAGAAAACAUGGAUGUUUUGUUUAUAAGCCAAGAUAUGGCUUAUUAUUAUAUUUUAAACUAUAUUUUUGUUAUAAAAAACACAACACAAUUUAUAUGUAAAACAAUCACUGGUUUAUAGCACGAUGUUUCGACAAGUACGAUGUUUUGACAAGUAUACUCUUAUCGUUAUCAACUACAGUGAUUGUUGUCCAUAUAAAUUGUGUUUUUUAAUGUGCUAAAUGAUUUUUUAUUUUUUUUGUAAAUGACCACAGAGCAGUCAAACUGACUGAAUGUUCAGUAUGGUGUUCUAUUUCGGCCACUUCGCGUGUCACCUUUUAAAAAAAGCGACAUGCGACGCAAAAUUUGUGUCACUUUUUUUCAAUGUUAAACAUACAUUAUGCAAGAGCUAAAUCUGCCUAUUGCAGGUCUUUCUUUGGGCCAGAAAUGUUUUUCUAAAUUAUUAAUUAGACAUUAAUUAACUUAUCCAGGGCCCUUACAUUUGGGGGAGGGGGGGCCUGAGGGGGGUGUAUGCCCGUGGACAACACUUCUUGGGGACGGAAUAUUGUCUAAGUGCUUACCAGAAAUAUUCAAAAGGGGUCCCUUUGAAUAUUUAUAGACAAGCAAAUCACUGACCUUUGCUUCCCCUAAACCUGUGUAAACCAGUUCGUAUUUCAGCAAAUAGAGAGGGUAAACCACUUCAUAUUUCAGAGGGUAGACUUAUGAUUUUUCCAAGAUAUAUUAUAGAGUUUUUCAAUAAAAUGGAGGGUAUAAUUUUACAUACUAAGUUGAUUGUUAAAUAUAUUGUCGUAUUAAUUCUGUGUGUAAAAAUGUCAAGGAAUAUUCACACUAUAACUAAUACAAGGGAGCAAGCCACUUUCUGAAGGGCGACGUCGUGUUAAAAAGUCGACGGCGCUUUUUUUCUCUAUAGAUUAACAUUGAAAAAAGUGACACAUGACGUGAAUUUUGGGCUUCUUUUUUCAAGGGCGACGCGGGAAGUGGCCGAAAUAGAACACUAUAGCGCUCAAGAAAAUUAUUAUUGUUACAUAUUUGGAUAAUAAAAUGUACUAAAGGUU